UAACUCUGGUCGCAGACUACGAAAGUCGAAAUCUUCACCCAAACUCGGUCAACCCACGUCCACCCCUCCUACUCCCGAGCCCGUGCCGCCGUUGCCCACAUCCUCCAAAAGUACCCAUCGAAUCUCCGAAUUUGCAUCCAGAUUCCGCUUCUUCAAAGCCCGUCGUACGGAUUCUACUUCAGGGAUCGUCGACGGUUUGCUGCCUUCAUCACCAUCCUCGGGGCUCGUCAACAAGCUUGCGACAUCCAACUUGGGUGUUUCUACCACAAACUCGUUGACCAGCAACGCUGAGCAGCAUCCUCCCCUCCGUCUCGGCUCCAAGGCGUACAAGACGAGCAGGGCUAUCUCGAGUGUCCAAGCCAGGCACCAUCGUGCAAAUACUGCACCAUCUUCUACGCGCAUUGGUGAGAAUGGAGAGGAAUCACUUGUUGGGUUGGGAAUCGUUGAUCUUCGUUUUGACGUCAAGACGGGCAAGUACGGGUUUCCGUCAAACACCUUUCCUGGGGCGUACGACAUGGAGCGCUCUCGUUCAUCGUCUGGGGCAUCGUCUGCUGGAGAUUCUGGCGGACCCGGGACGCCUACCGAGACGAUUCCUUCCUUGAUCGGUUCAGGCGACUUGGGAAAGUCGUUUGCACGCGCGAGCAUCGACGAGGCAGGUUGUCAAGAGGUCAUUGGUGUUCUCGGAUCUCUUUUCCCUGGUCGAGAUGACGAACUGCGUCGUCCAUCUGUUGACGUGCCAAUUGCCGAAGGCUGCUCACCCAUUUUGCGACCCGUUGAUAGCUCUUCUCGCAUUCACCCUACCCACAGUCGCCGGGUAAAUUCGACCAGCGUUGCGUCGGGCACACCUAUAGCUCGUCAAGAUCUUCCCACUCGUAGCUCUUCGCUACGAAGUACCAAGUUUAACCCACGAGGCACAGCAUUCGCUACCAGGGAGGUGCACUAG